AUAUUCCUCUGCACAAUAACUGCACUGAUUCGAGUGAAUACAACGACUGCCACUUAGUUGUGCGGAAAAACUUAUGUAAUGGGACAGAGUAUUUUGCUCGUUACUGCUGCCGGUCGUGCACUCUGGCCAAACAGCUUCCCACUUAUGGCCCUCAUCUGCGGCAUGUGGCUGAAGCGCCCAUCGUGGCCAACAUACAGAAGGGGAAGACGGUGUUCCCUCGCGGGGCAAAGGUCACGAUCAACUGCGACGUGGCAGGGUAUCCGGCGCCAGAAGUAGUGUGGAUGCGCACCAACUCUACUAUUACUAGCUCAGACAAGUACCAGUUAAAAGUGAGAGCAACACCUGGGCCUUUGAUCCAGAAACUGCAGGCAGAUCUCACCAUCAAAGACUUCUCCAACAAUGACAUGGGCACCUACACCUGUAUGGCCAUCAGUCGCGUAGGACUCACCAAAAACAGUAUUGAUCUAUCUCAGGAGU